CUGCUGCUGGACCAAGCGGCGCCGGCCGGCGCCUCCUCCGCCGUCCAAGCGGCGCAGGCUCGGCAUCAUCCUCUCCAUCUUCUCCUGGGCUCUAACGAUCGUGGCAAUGGCGAUGUUCAUCGUCGGCGUGACGGAGAGCUCGCGGGAGGAGGCGCCGAUCUCGAAAACCCCGACCUCGUACGCGUGCAGGGAGCCGGGGACGGUCGGGAGCUUCCCGACGGCGUCCCUCUCCUCGCUCAUCGCCGUCGUGCUCGGGAUCGCGUCCUACGUUCUGCUCGAGACGGCCGCGCCGUCCCACACCCCGCCCGACGGGCUGUUCCGCCUGGAGGUCGCCGGCGGCGCGAGCGGUUCGGCGCAGCUUCAGACUACUGGACCCACGGCCGGUGCUGAUCAGGAAGCGGAGCAUAUCUCGCUGGCCACCGCGGUUUGAAUUUGAAGGAGUGA